AUGUCUAUAUGGUUUAAAGUCUUGCCAUUUAUUCGCAACGGGGAAAGAAUCAAGAAAUGCAUCGACUUCUUUGGGCAAAGUGAUUUUGCACCCAGAGAUACACAAGAACAAGAGAUAAUCGACGAAUGUGUCGCAAUUUGUCGUAGAAACUGUACUGCUUAUUUUUGUGGUAUUAUAAUCACUGUGAUUCUCUGGAACGUGCCUGUAUAUUUUGGUAAAGAAAAGACUUUUCCUGUCCAGCUUUGGCUACCAUAUGACCCGAUAUCGUCGAGCUUAAUUUACUAUGGUACACUGUUUUAUGCAACAGCAGUUAUUAUGUAUGAUGCAUUACUAGGAACGGUGACAGAUCCUUUGAUUGGUGGUUUAGCAUAUCACGCAACUGCUCAAUUAAAAAUUUUGAAGUACAAUUUACAAACUCUAGACAAACAUAUAGAAGAUGGUUUAACCCUUGCUACUGUUGCAAGUGUAAAUGCGUUAACAUAUCUCUUCUCUGCUUCUAUCAUUAGUUUUCAAAUUCUUUUCUACUGUCAUUAUGGUACGCUGCUGUAUGAAGAGAAUAACAGUUUAAUAAACGCUAUAUGUAUGGGUCCUUGGUAUCAAUAUGAUGUUAAAAUCAGAAAAAUGUUGCUUAUAAUAAUGGAACGUUCAAAAAGACCAAUGAUUCUCACUGCUGGAGCAGUGAUUAAUGUUACGCUGGAAACAUUUGUAUGGGUAUUAAAAUCAAGCUAUUCUUUAGUAGCUGUUCUGAAUAAUUAUGGCUAA